AUGUCGAAUGAAGAAGACAAAAAUAAGCCCAGUGAGCCUAAGUGUGAACCCCGGUGUUGUGAGCCCAGGUGCCAACCAAGCUGCCUGAAGAAACUUCUGCAGCGGUGCUCUGAGAAAUGCACCCCAGCCUGCCCACCCAAAUGUGUCCCAUGUCCUCCCCCUUGCCCUAAACCUUGCCCACCUAAAUGCUGCCCAGCACCAUGUCCUCCUCCUUGCCCACCUAAAUGCUGCCCACCACCACGUCCUCCAAAAUGUCCCCCUCCAUGUCCCCCUCCUCCACCAUGCCCCCCACCAGAAUGA